CCCCCCGCCCCCGCCAUGUUGUGCUGGUAUUUUGGUUUCGCUUGGCUCGGCGACGGCCGCCACUGAGAGCCAUCCGGCUGGCUGGGUGGAGCCGCUUGCAACGAGGGAGGAGCGGCGGCGACGACGACGACAGCGCUGACGACAAUCUUGUGGAUCUGGGCAAUGCAGUUGGGAGGUGGAGGAGUCAGUCACAUAAGAAGAAUGAACCAAUCUGAGACAGUGGGUCAAGCUGAGAGAGAGAAUCGCAGAAACAGACAAUCUUCACAUUUGUUUUCAAAAAAUUAGUUUCUUCGGCUGCAGCGGAAAAUGCCUGAUGGGAGACAAGAGUUUUGCUGUGAUUGAGACUUGCAACAUUGUAAGGCAGAAUACGAAUGGCCCAGGGAAACCAACAUAUUAAUGUUCAGGUUCUGCAUGACCUGCGGCAAAAGUUCCCUGAAGUACCUGAGUGUGUUGUCUCCCACUGUAUGCUGCAGAACGGUAACAAUUUGGAUGCUUGCUGUAAGUUUUUAAUGCAAGAGAGCACCAAAUAUCUUUAUGGAGAAGGAGAUCUGAACUUUUUGGAUGAUUCUAGCAUUUCUGGACUUCACAAUCACAUGUCUGAACUCAAUCUGGAUGUCCAGUCCCAGAAUGUAUAUCAGCGCUGGAAGGAUGGAAGUCAAUUAAAUGGAAGCAAAACACUAACUCAUAACGUUAGUGAUGGGGCACUCCAGACUGCUGUAACCAGCUAUGAACCCACAGAAGAGGCACAAAUAACACCAACGCAAUUGGCUGGAGGUUUUAAUAUGUUUGGAACAAUGGAUUUGAGUCGCAGCUCUUCUUCGCCCCAGCAACUUGGACUUCUUCAGCCAUUAGGCUCCAAAGGAAUAUCAGGCACAGCUCAACAAAUGCCCAGGUUCAACCCAAUUACGGUCACUCUAGCGCCUAACAUUCAGACUGGCCAUAAUGCUCCUAAAUCCUUGCACAUACGUGGUGUACCCCCACCUGUACUUAAUAGCCCUCAAGGUAAUGCUAUCUACAUUAGGCCUUAUGUGACAGCACAAAGCAGUACAGGACGUCAGAUGUCACAGCAGCCAGGUUGGAUAUCUACGCAACAUACCAGUGCUUCACAGUUUGGCCACAAUCAACAGCAGCCAGCCUUCCAGAGUCCUCAGCACUCCCAUCAGGUGGAGCAAGUGCCAGGCUUUUACAGCCCUAUAACUUCACAGUGUGGUUCAGCACAUACCUCAUCCCAGCAGUCUGCUUAUCCAGGCCAGCAAAGCCAUCAGACCUCUCAUGUGUACAUGCCUAUCAGCUCCCCUACAAGUUCUCAACUGCCCCCAUAUCAGUCAUCCAACAGUGCACCUUCAAUUUACAGUCAGUAUAACAUACAGAAUAUCUCAACGGGGCCACGAAAAAACCAAAUUGAAAUCAAACUUGAAUCGCCACAGAGGAAUAAUUCAACGAUGCGUUCCUCCAGCUCUCGCACAGCACCUUUACCUUCCAUCAGCACCCACCCUGGAAGCAGGGGUCAGCCCAAAGUCUACAUUUCCGCCAGUCCCCCAUCCUGCGAUGAAAUAAUUGGACGCAACCAGCCAAAAGUCUAUAUCUCGGCAAAUUCGACUACUGACGAAUCAGGCCUGCGAAAUCCACCCACUGUGUAUAUAUCAGCAAAUCCAGGGUCAACAUCCUCGUCCCGAAGUGGUGCAGGACAAGUCAGUGUGGGCACACAGCAGGCCUCUUUCAUUCAGCCUGCCUAUAUCCGCCAUCAUCCACCCAAAAGUCGGAGUGGGGGCAAUUGCAAUGCUGCCACUUCUCCACGAGUUGUGGUCACCCAACCCAAUACCAAGUACACUUUUAAGAUCACAGUUUCACCAAACAAGCCACCUGCUAUUUCCCCUGGGGUUGCAUCCCCAACGUUUGAACCUUCCAACCUCUUAAGCCUCCCCGAUCAUUAUGCAGAGCCUGAACCUGUCCAGCAUUUGCAGCUAGGGGCUGACCCUACUUCAACUCUCGAUGAUCGGAUUCAUGAAGCACGAAGAAUGAGUGCAGGAUCUGAUGACGCUGCCUAUACAGAAGCUUUGUUAGUGCAUCAGAAGGCCAGAAUGGAUCGAUUGCAUCGAGAACUUGAGCUGGAGAAGAAAAAGUUAGACAAACUGAAGAGUGAAGUCAAUAAGAUGGAAAGUGACCUUACCCAGCGGCGGAUGAAAAGAUCAAAUUCAGCUUCCCAGAUCCCAUCGUUAGAAGAAAUGCAGCAGUUACGAAGCAGCAACCGGCAGCUGCAGAUUGAUAUAGACUGCAUAACCAAAGAGAUUGACCUAUUUCAUGCAAAAGGACCACACUUUAACCCCAGUGCUAUACACAAUUUUUAUGACAAUAUGGGAUUUCGAGGUCCUGUGCCACCCAAACCGAAAGAGCAGAAAUCUGCAGUUAAACCAUCAAAGCCAGUGCCAGAUCAAGAGGAGGAUGAAGGUGCUCAAUGGAACUGUAGCACCUGUACCUUCCUCAACCAUCCGGCCCUGAUUCGCUGUGAACAGUGUGAGAUGCCCAAGCAUUUCUGAGCCAUAAUGCUCCCAGUGAAAGGAGGAAUGCCCCAUGAAAUAAAGGAAUUGUUUACAAAGCCUGCAAUGACUCAGCAGAUGCUAUGCUGGAAAGAAUUUUGAUCCGGACCAGGUGGUCUCUAUUGGAGGUUGUUGUUUCAGUACAGUGGUUUUUGAGAUUAAAUGCACAGAUUUUAGAUUCCACAGGCAAUUGCUGGAGCUGGAGCUGAUGUCGGGUUUGCCUGUGCCAGAUGUAUUGUUACUGAUUGGGAAGAAGGAUUUCACAAAGCCACAUCUAUAUGAACCACUGUGUGUCUUACUGCCUCUUGCCCUAUUUCCCUCACUUUCCUUCCAAGGACACAUUUUAAUGAGAAGUUAUAUGUUAUCAGGACUGCAGAAGAGAAUGGAAAACAAAAUCAAAGCAAUGUUUUUGACUAAAUUGAAUGGAGCCGAAUCUUGUGAAAGAAAGGCGUUUGAACGUCAGCCCUGAAGAAGCAUCUGUGGAUGGGGUGGGACAGAAUGUGUGCAUCACGUAUCAGCCUCUCCACUCAGUUUAUCUUUCUGCUCUGCAACUUUUAUAAGAUUCAGCGAUGGAAUGGAAAAAAAAUAAAACAACCAUUUUACGUAGACUGAAUACUCGCGUUUCCUACAAAGCACACGAUCUACUCUUCAAGCUUCCUGUACUGAGCCCUACAUAUCAGAGAUUCCUCUCUGACUUCUUCCUGUGUGCUCAGUUAGCUUCGGUCAGCAGAAACACUAUAGGUACAAGAGAAGGCCAGGAAAAUGUCAGCAAGAAUUGCUGCUAGUUCCUAUCUGUUGACUCCCAACCUACUCCAACUCAGCCAGCAACCCCAAGUUCUCUCCCCUUUGCAGAAGAGAGAUUUUUCAUCGGAUUGUGCAAAUUUUUAUUUGGCUGUAACGUUCCCCUAAUUCAAUGGCCUUCUUGCACUCUCCAUCUUAAAUUCACACAUGAAGAAUGGUAAUUUUAUGGGUGCCAUUGCUUUUGUGGAAGAUAAGUAAAACUUGGGAAGGGUAAUGUCUCUUUUUCUGCUCCAGAGUUUCCUGUAUUACCUGUAUGUAUCAUGCUUUAGACUUUGGUAGCUAACUUCAUUGAGCGUUUUUUUUAGUAAAAUCAUUCUCAAUCGACAUGAUACCUAUGGGAAGUGAAGCCUUAAUUUAACUUAAAGCUAUGUAUAAAGCAGCUUUCAGUGGCCUUUCUGUACAGCAUUUCUAUAAAUUAUGCUCUUGAACAGACCUGCAAAUGCAGUUCGUAAGACAGUGUGACAUUCGUGUGAAAAUACGCAAUUUAUUAUUUGAGACUCGAUUUUAUUUUUAAAAUAUAUUUGUAGCUUUCCUGAUUCCAUAAUUGUACAUGCUUCAUCAUAGAUUUUGAAAUAUUGAAGAUGAAUUUGAGAUGAACAGCUGAGGUUUUUAAGCAGACCAAUAACACUGAGUUGCUAUUCUAUGGUUCUGUGUAGUCUGUCAGGAAUUUGAAUUUUGCAGAUUCAAUUUACCUUUCGAUUCAAAUUUAUUUUUAAAGCAUCGAUUCCUACUUUUCUGUUAUUUAUGUUGCUCAAAUUGACCUUGUUGGAUAAUUGAAAGUUUUCAAUGGAUAAAAGGUCUGUAUUAAGAUUACAAUGUAUAUAAAAAUAAUUAUGUUGUCACAUAGUGGUUCUGAGCUUCAUCUGCAGGUCUAAAUGAAAAUUGACUGGUUUUAAGUUUUAUUAAUAAAACAUAAUGGGAUAUCUUAAGCGUGAUGCUUUACCCUUUUAAUUCGAUACAUUGUCUUUCUGACAAGCUAUUUAUUAAAAGUGAAGUUGAAAUUUC